AUGGCUGUGCACUCUAAGAAUGAGGCCUUGAUGUGCAAGGUGUUCCUCUCCAGUUUAGGGCCCGUGGCCAUGAGGUGGUUUGAUGACUUGGGAACAGGCUCUAUUGAGUCCUUUAAGGAGCUCACUCAGUCGUUUAGAUCUCGUUUUAUUACGUGCAGCAGGGAUUCUCGGCCCUUAGAUUCCUUGUUGUCUCUGUCCAUAAGAGAAGGGGAGACUCUAAAAACGUAUUCAGACAGAUACUGGGAGAUGUUCAAUGAGAUAGAUGGUGACUUUGACAACGUAGCCAUCAGAACUUUCAAGGUCGGCCUACUUGCCGAGCAUGGCUUGAGGAAGUCUUUGAUUGGGAAACCUGCUACCGGUGUACGCCAACUCAUGGAUAGGAUAGAUAAGUAUAAACGGGUCGAAGAGGACCAACAACAAGGCAAGGGGAAGAGUAAGGUUAUCCCUCAGGAGAUGAGGGAUUUCAAGUCGGACCGCUACAAUAAUAACAGACCCAGGAGGGAUUUUGCUGGGAAAUCUGGGUCUAUAGCUCCUCAGGUGGUUAACACUGUGUUCCAAGAGCCAGGAGACCGAUCAAGAUUAGGGGCUCAAGGGAACGUUUCUUCAAGGCCCCUUUUGGGCACCAUUAACGUCAUCUUUGCUGCCCCUAGGAGAACCGGUUUGCAACCCUCCAAGGUGAUGUCUGUGGCUUGGCCACUCAUCGAGGACGUUAAUCCUGUGCCAAAGAGGGUUAGAGUGGAGGUUCGACUGACGUUGAGCUUUUUGGAUGAGGACAAGGUUGGAACAAUAAAACCACAUGAUGAUACUUUAAUGAUCACGCUCAGGAUAGGAGGGUAUGACGUGAAGAGAGUGAUGGUAGACCAGGGUAGUGGUGCAGAGAUUAUGUACCCUGAUUUAUACAAGGGGCUAAACCUGAAGCCUGAGGAUUUGACAACAUACGAUUCACCUUUGGUAAGUUUUGAUGAAGAGGUUGUCAUUCCAAAGGGCCAGAUUAGACUACCCGUACAAGCAGGUUCAGAGGUGGUGGAGGUGAACUUCAUCAUGGUGGAUGCCUAUUCUCCCUACAUUGCCAUCGUGGGAAGGCCCUGGCUUCAUGCCUUGGGGGUCGUUUCCUCCAUUCUGCAUUUGAAGGUGAAAUAUCCGUCUAGGGACCAAAUCGAAGAGCUUAUUGGGAGUCAAUCCAUGGCUAGGCAGUGCCUAGUGGCUGCAAUUUUGCAUCAGCCUAAGGCUAAAUCCUCGGCCUCUGCUGAUGAGGGCUCAUAG